AAUGUCAUCAGCCCUUAAUCCUCAACCGCUCAGCCUUAGGAAAGACCUCGAUAAAAACAAGAAUGAGACUUGAGCAGUGACUCCAAUGAAGACGGACAUCUUCCUCUACUCUUCCAAAGACAGUAGCAAAUUAGACAACAUGAGGUCCUUCUCUAGUUUUGCCAACCAGGAUUGUGGCUACUGGAAGGUCAACAAGAGGAAAGCCUUUCAGGUGAAGGGCUCGCUUCCUAAUUACAGGUUGUUAUCUAAUUACAAGACAAAGCCUUGCAGAGGCCAAGUCUCGAUGCUUAACAGCACUAGAAACGAUACCAGCCAGUCGCAGGAUAGGAAUAUCUCACAGCCAGCUAUUGUAGGAGGCCUAGUAGUGAAAGCAGUCAGUAUAAAUCUGGCUAAGGAGCGUUCAGAUUCUUCCAAGAAUGCCUUUUAUAAAGACUCUGAGUUUAAAGAGGAAAUCAAUAUGAUCCCUGUAGAUGUCAACGAUGUCUCAAAGACGCUUAGUAUUGAUACUGUAUCCUAUGUCUCUCCUAAGACCGUACAGGCCAAGAGCAAGAGGAAGAUUAUUUUUGCGCCAGAUACGUCGUGCUGAGACAAGAGCGAGAAUACUGAUAUUAACUUGGAUAUUGACGAAGACGUCUCUUCCCACAAAGAAAAAACUGUGAUGCAGAAGGACCCAUCAAGAAGUUUUCUGGUUAAAACGAAGAGGAAGCUAGAUACUAAGAAUCUCCCAGUUGGGAUUUUACCAUUAAUGCACUUGACCCACACACAGACAAAGAAGACAAUGGAGAAUGAAGGCGAUUACUCCUGUUUCUCAAGUAUAAAGACUAAUCCUUCCGAAGAAGGAUGUGAAGAGAGUUUCUUUAAAAAUCUUCCAAGACUCGGUUUCAACGACAGAUGAGAAGAAGCAGCUAGGUUUGAGAUCGACAUCACUGAGACACAAAGGGAGGAUGACUCUCUAACGUCUGUACUGAACACUCUGACCAACAUCUAGCUUACUAGUACUCUCAGGUUAUUUACGCUUAAAAAUUGUCGGACC